AUACAAAAGGUAAACAAAUGAGACUCCGAGCGCAAUGCAAUUGUUGAAUGGCAGAUUAACAUAAAAACAAUAGACCUGGAGCACAGAAGUCAAGUCGUUGGCCAGGUCAAGUACUACAUCUCAUAUCUGAUGAGCUCUACGAAGAAUUCAGAGAAUCGAGGCCAGAAGCAGAAGGCAGCGGCAUUGGAAACAACACGCGACCAAAAGUGAAAGUUGGCCAGUCCAAUAGAAAUAUGUUGAAAAUCGUGCUGAUCAGUGGCAAGCGAAAGUGCGGCAAGGAUUACGUAUCCGAGAGGUUGCAGCAGAGAUUAGGCUCCCGUUCGCGGAUAGUUCGAAUCUCGGAGCCCAUCAAGUCGGAGUGGGCCCGUAAGCUGCAGCUGGACCUAAGUGCUCUGCUCAGCGAUGGACCCUACAAGGAGAAGUAUCGCCGCGACAUGAUCGUGUGGAGUGACGAGGUGCGGGCCCGGGACUACGGCUACUUCUGUCGCGUGGCCAUGGAGGAGGCUCUGGGCCGCCAGCAGACGACGCCCUACAUCCUGGUCAGCGAUGUACGACGCAAGAACGACAUCAAGUGGUUCCGGGAAACGUACGGAUCGGAAAGGGUCAUCACCCUGCGACUGACAUCCCGCCCGGAGACGAGACGCGCCCGAGGUUGGAGCUUCACCAAGGGCAUCGAUGACGUUCCUUCGGAGUGCGAUCUGGAUGAUCUGGCCGAUGGCUUUGACUUUGUGCUGGCCAACGAUGAGAAACUCGACCAGGAGGCCAUUGACCAUCUGCUGGACAAACUGCAGCUACAGUAUCAGUAAAGCUUUAACUUAUUACUCGCAUCAAGGCUAUUGCACUUAUGUAUUUUUGAUAUAUCAUGUAUUCCGGCCCCUGCCAAACCGAAAAUGGUCCUCACACAAAGCGUAGAUAAUGCAAUAUUAAGUUUGUACUUAAUAGUUUUGGUAUAAAAUACUCUUAGUAAUAAAUAGAGUUCGUGCGAAGGUUUUAUUCAAAUCAAAAAUGUAUUUUUCAAUGAAUAUACAAGUUAUAAGUCGGUGGACUGUUGCUAGUUAGGUAGGAUACCUCAAGAAAUAAUGCUGUAGUUGAGAAUUAAAUUGAUUUGUAACUUACUCAAUUCUUACCUGUAAUAAAAAGUGAAAAGCUCAUAAAUUCAUUGGAUUCCAUCAUAAAAGUUCAUUGAAAAAUAUGAGCAAAAGGUGAAAAUUGCAAAUCUUGUAAUCUUUGUACCUAUAAGCACACUUCAUUCACCAAUCCAUUUAUAUAGACA